AUGAGAUUGUCAACUAUCGCGACAAGAAUCAGUUUCAUCCUGCCUACUUCCACUGUUCUCUCUUGGAUCCCACAAAGGACAUCUCCGAAAAUAAAUCGACUUCAGUCUUGCAGAUCGCAACGACUUUCUGUAUUGCACUCGACGCCACCACCAGCAACAUCAACCUCGGCUUCCGCCGAUGAUUCUUCAAUAUCCAUGGGGACACUGGCUUCGGACUUUCGGAUAGCAAUAUCUUCUUCCGUUGACACGCUAUCAUGGUCACUCUAUCCUUUAAAUGGCAUGCCCGCCAAGGAUGCACUUUCGACACCACCAUUAGGAGAUGCCGCCGCUUCGUGGACCAUUACAUGUCAACCGACAGAAAGCAAAUCACUGGGGGUGGAAGUAUCAAACAGCGAUGCGACGGUUAGCUUGGAAAAAGAUUUAAUUACAGUUCUUCAGAUUGUACUUUUUCAAUCUUUCCUGAAGGAGCAUCCAGCAAGUAACGAAGAAUGGCACGUUGGAAUUGAUGAGAAUCACAGUUUGAAGGUUUCGGAUAUCUUGGCUGGAGACGGUGUUGAGACACUAUUUUCAUCGCUGAAAGAUAAUACCUCUUCUGUAGAAUGGGUCGACAUGGUCACUGGGUCUGGGAAGGUGCUGGGACGAGUACCACGUCCUCUAGUGCACAAAUACAAUCUACUUCAUCGAGGGAUUGGUAUGUUUGUUACCAAAGAUAAAGCGAUGGUCGAGGACUCGCAAUACGCAUUUCCUCCCUUGUACACGCACCAACGAACGGCAACAAAACGCAUCUUCCCAUCCCUAUACGAUAUGUUUGUAGGAGGAGUGUCUCUAGCCGGCGAGUCGUCAGAUUUGACAGCCCGUCGGGAAGUAGCCGAGGAGUUGGGUCUUUCUCUAGCCCUCGAAUGUCCAGAAGCACUUUCUGAUCCGAUUUUGGAUUGCCUCGUCUGUACACACUUAAAUCGGUGCUUUGUCACACUUUAUAGUUACACGAUGAACACGGAGAAGGAGACUGUGUCCUGGCAAGAAGAGGAGGUAGCAUGGGGUGAUUUUGUUGCAUACCCAAUUAUUGCAGCGGCGGCGGACCUUUCCAUUAAGCGACUAGAAAAACAAAAGUCCUGGCCAGGAAUAUACCCUGCUAUCCAAUCUGAUCUGAAUGGCGUUGCGCCCAAAGAUAUUUCCUACGAGAAUGGAGAUUGGAAUCAAUGGGAUUUCGUGCCUGACGGUCUGCUUGUUUGGGAGGCAUGGUUACUUCAGUUACAAAAUAAGAUAUAG